CAAUCAACAACUAUGAUCUGUAUACACCAAUUAAUAUUAAUAUUGUUGAGUACUUUUAUAGUUGUCACUAAAUGUGAAGAUCCAGAGGUAACAUUACCCUAUGGAAAAAUUCGUGGAGUAUAUACAAAAACCAUACGAUACCGGAAGCCAUUUUAUGCUUUUUUGCAAGUGCCUUAUGCUGCCCCUCCUGUAGGUAAACUCAGGUUUAUGCCUCCUCAACCUGUGCAACCAUGGACUGGUAUCUUAGAUACUAAACAAAAUAACAAAGCAUGUCAUCAAGUAGGAAAAACGGCAUCUUACAUAAGUGAAGACUGUUUGUACCUUAAUGUAUAUACGCCAGUGGCACCAGGCACAAAUUCUAAUUUACCCGUCUUAGUUUACAUCUAUGGAGGAGCCUUCAUACAUGGAUCCCUUUGGUUUGGAACGUUACAACCACAAAAUCCUAUCGAAAAAGACGUUAUAGUAGUACUAUUAAAUUACAGAAUAGGACCUUUAGGAUUUCUGUCAACUGAAGAUGAUGUUAUACAAGGAAACAUGGGGUUGAAGGACCAAUUGUUUGUUUUGAAAUGGGUCAAUGAGAAUAUACACCUAUUUGGUGGAGAUGCUAACAAAGUAACCCUCAUGGGUCAGAGUGCAGGAGCAGCUUCAGUUACUUAUCAUAUUUUAAGUCCGCAAUCAAAAGGUUUAUUUAGGGCAGCUGUAGCUGAGAGUGCUUCAGCACUUUGUACCUGGGCAUACCAAAGAAACGCGAGGCAAACAGCGUAUGGGCUAGCUGUAGAGAUAGAUUCCAAUUUUGGAACUAAUCGAUCUUCUGCUGAACUGCUUGAAUUCUUACAAAGUGUAGAUGUUAGUAAGAUAGACGGUACUGCAGAUAAAUAUAAGGAAUUUGCACCUGUAAUAGAAAGUCUUCAUCCUGAUGCUUUUAUUACUGAACCAAUGUAUGAAACGAUCAAAACCGGUAAUAUUAAUAAAGUUCCAUUGCUUAUUGGAUAUUGCUCGGAAGAACAGAUUUUCCAUGCUAACGAUAUGGCGAAUUGGAAAAAAAUUAUUGAGAAAAAUUACCGUAAUCCCAAAAACCUGGUUAAUCAAGAUAUGAACGUCCAGGAUAUGGCUACAAAAGAAACUAUUGGAGAGCAAAUUCAAAACGUCUACACAACUGACUCAUUGGCCGAUGAACCUGGAAAAGCAAUUCAGUUCAGCAGUGACAACACUUACGUUCGCCCUGUUAUACGUUUUGCCGAACUGCAGUCCUGGCUUACCGAUGUAUUUUUGUACCAAUUUUCAUAUCAUGGUAUAAUAGGUAAUAAUAAUGCAACAGUUGAUGGAGUUCCAGGCAGAGUUGCGCAUGCCGAAGAUGUAAGAUAUUUUUGGACAUAUUUCAAAAACUAUAGUGAAGUUCCCGAAGAAGAUGUCAGAACUGUAGAUCGAUAUUUAGGACUGAUAACUAAUUUUAUCAAAUAUCUGAAUCCUACCCCAGAACACGAAGAGAUUUUUGAAAAUAUCCUGUGGCCCAAGUUAACUAGUUCUGAGAUGCAGUAUUUGGAUAUUGAUAAGAGUUUAAUGGUAAAACAGCAUCCAAGGGAGUUUUCUUACCAGAAAUGGGUUGACAUAUAUAACCAGUAUGCUACUGGGACACUAACAAUAAAACCGGUUUUCCAUGGAGAAGAUUUACCAGUUCCAGGACCCCCGGCAAAUUGGGAAAAAGAUUUGGAAAUGUAUGGCGAUAAAAGUAAACCCGAUGAUGUAUCAGAAAAGAAUGAUUCUUAUUUUCCCGAAAGCGACGAAAAAUCACUUUAUUGCAUCCAACAAGCCGAAUUACAUGAUUUAAAACGUUUAUGUUGGUUACAAAGUCAGUUAUACUUUGUAGUAAAGAUGUUAUUGAUACUGCUAAUUUUUGGAGUGAGCUCUGUGAUUGGCGAAGGUCCAACUAUCCAUCUUUCUGACGGAACAAUUGAGGGUCUUACUGCUUAUACCAUAAGAGACAAAACAGAAUUUUAUGCUUACCUGGGCAUACCUUUUGCUGCUGCUCCCAUUGGGCAGCUACGAAUGAAGCCUCCACAGCCGGUACAACCUUGGAAUGGGACUUUUGAAGCGAAAGACAAUAAGAAGAUUUGCUAUCAAAUUAGCUCAAAAGUACAUUAUCCACAAACAGAGGACUGCCUCAUACUGAACGUCUACACACCAAUCAAACCUGGACAAUCAGGCGGUUUGCCUGUUAUGGUGUCUAUUUAUGGUGGCAGCUUUACCCAUGGCUUUGCCUCAAUUGGAACAACAGGUCCUGAUUAUUUUUUGGAAGCAGGAAUUAUACUUGUGACAUUUAAUUACAGAGUUGGACCAUUUGGAUUUUUAUCGACGGAUGACGAUACCAUUCCCGGAAAUAUGGGAGUAAAGGACCAAGUAUUUGCGCUGAAGUGGGUUCAAAAGAAUAUUCAUCUGUUUGGUGGUGAUCCAGAUAAAGUCACUAUUCAUGGACAAAGUGCUGGGGCAGCUUCUGUAACUUACCAUAUCUUAAGUCCUGCUUCAGAAGGUUUAUUUAGAGCUGCAAUAGCAAACAGCGGUUCAGCGUUAAAUAGUUGGGCUAACGUCAAUGGAAGUGGUCUGCACGUAGCUAGAGGAAUUGCCAGAAUCAUCGAUCCCACAAUGAGCAAAACGGCUACACCGAAAGAGAUUUAUGAUUUACUGAUGAGAGUCGAUGCUGAGGAGAUACAUAAAACAGGAAGCAAUUACGCAAUGUUCGCGCCAGUAAUUGAAGGCAAACAUGAAGGGGCAUUCAUUACCGAAUCGAUGUAUGAACUGUUGGAGAGUGGUCGGUUCAAUAGGGUUCCCUUAGUGAUUGGAUUCAACUCUGAGGAGUAUAUCAGUUUGGCUUCCAAUGAAGCAGGUUUAAGGUCCUCAGCUAAGACUUACGAUAGUAAUCCAGCCACACUUGUUAACCGGGAUCUGCGCAUUACGGAUGCGGAAAUUUUGAAAAAAGCAGGAUCUGUGAUUAAAAACGUUUAUACCGGAACAAGCGAUUUUGAACAUCACUUAGGUGAAGUAAUAAGGUUUCGUAGUGACGAUAUGUUCAUUCGAGGUGUUAUAAGAUACGCACAAAUGCAAGCCAAAUACGAUGACGUGUACCUGUACCAGUUUUCUUAUCAUGGUUUACUCGGAAGAAAUAAUCUCACAUAUGAAGGUUGUGGCAGAGUAGAACAUGGAGAAGAUGGACGAUAUCUUUGGGCAGGUGCUGAUCUAUCUAAGUACCCAGCUUCAGAUGUUACGACUGUAGAACGAUAUGUUGGAUUUUUUACCAACUUUAUCAAAACGUUAAAUCCCACCCCGAAUAAAGAAGAGCUAUUCCAAAAUGUUAUUUGGCCUCGUCUGAAUGCAGACAAUAUCCACUUCAUGGACAUAGAUGAUAAUUUAUCAAUCAAGCAACAUCCUAGAAAUGCAGUAUAUGAAAAAUGGGUGACUAUAUAUGGCAAAUAUGCUGUUGAACCUCUACUCACUUUUUAAUAAUUUAUAUAAAAUAAAUAUGUAUAUGUAUUAUUGUCUAUAAA